AGAUCGGAGGCGAGAGAGAGAGAGAGAGAGGAGAGACGGACUGAGAGAGAGAGAGCGAGAAGAGAGAGCGAGAGGGAGGAAAGAGAGAGAGAGAGGAGAAAGAGAGUCGAGGCGGUGGGCGGUACGUUAAAGAAGGGGAAGGUUCGAGCAGACUUCACCACCAAGCUCUCGAAGCGCUGGACCUCGUGGACAAUGGCGGCAGGCAGCAGCAACAGCAACAGACGCAGAGAGACAUCAGAAGCAACAGGAAAGAAGGGAGGGGGGGGAGAGGGCGCGAGGAACCAGCUCAAAGAAAAAGAAAAACACGCAAGUAAACGCAAAGAAAAGGAACGAAAGCAAAGAGGAUCACCCAACGCAAACCCUAAAAAAGGAAAACCAAAGAGCACCGUCUCCAGCCGGAGAUUGAGGCGUUGUGUGAGCCUCCCACACCGCGGGCCUACAAGUCAUCAGGUACUCGACCCACUCCUGCGUGGGACUCCCAGCAGGAGAAGGACCGAUCGUGAGACCCCGGGGACUUCUCGUAUACUAACGGAGACGGCGGAGAGCCUUAGGGACGAAGACGAAGACCAACAUGUAGCAUCUCCAGGAGGCCGAGACCACAGACGUCUCUCGAACGUCGCCUCUGUGAACGCGAGGAGGACUCAACGGUCUUUUUGA